GGUCGAAUCCCUUGCCUCUGAUACCUUAUUUUCCUCUGAUACCGUAUUUAGUUGAGGGCGGCGACAGUGAACGAAGUCGAGGGCGGUGAUGUUCGUUGGAGACUCACUUGGGCGAAAGCAAUAGGAGUCGUUGAUUUGUAUGACGUCGUCGGCCGUGCCACAGUCCACCACCAAGAUAAGUAUCGACGGUCCUAUCUCCACAUUUAAGUUUUUGGUCUACUCCAAUUGAAGUAAGCGGUUGAUUUUUUUUGCCCAAUAAAAUCAGUCGGUAUUCAUAGUUGGUGUAUUCUGGUGAUUAGAAUUGCUAUAUUUAUUUAUUUGUUGUGCUUUUUACUUUUCGCAUUACUAGAGUUGAGAUUUUAUUGAUUUCGUUGCUUCUGUUCUUCUUCUUAGAUCCGCAUAUUAUUAUUGCUUUCAUUAAUGCAAUCGUUGUUAUGGUUUAGAAGAUGCCCUUGUCAUGCCUUCUUGGCAUGAAGAUGCCACCUCAAGCUUCCCCAUUUAAACGUGUGUGUAUUAUCUAUCGCCUCAUGUUUGGUCCAAUUUAGGUGAUCGGCUUCAUGUUCGGUGAUGAUUAUGCAAGCAAUAUGAGAUGUGGGGCAACUGACUUGCCUCUGUCAUAUCCCAACAACAAUAUUCAGACAAUCCAGUCCUUAAAGAGCAAUAACACCCAGUCCUUAAAGGGAGAUAACAGGGCAACAUGGGAAAUAUUUGACCUGAUCAAGUAUACUGUGAAGAGAAAGGCAGUUAGAAUCUGGGGUUGCAAGGACUGUGGGAAAGUGAAAGCAGGGGGUGCAUACACAUUGAAUACUGCAAGUGCUGUUACAGUUAGGAGCACAAUUCGAAGGGGGAGGGGGAGGGGGAGCUUCCACGAACAGGGGUAA